AUGGAACAGCAGCAGCAGCAGCGGCAGCAGGCGAGGCAGCAACAGCCUUUCCGCCGGAGCCUCAGUCGGUUGCCUCAGCAGCAGCCCAUUGCCACCCCAGCCGGCCGGGUCGCCAUCGGACCCAGGGCAGCACCCAGCAGCGGCGGCGGCGGCAAGGCGGACGCACAGGCGCAGGCGGACCAAAAGGCGGCCUCCUCCAAGGCUGGCGCCGACGUUGCCAGCAGGACUGGUGGCGGCGGCGCUGCCGACGCAGCCCUGAAGCGCAGCCCGACGCCGCAGGAGCGCGCGGCUGCGUUGGAGUGGCUGGCGCGCUCUGUGAUUGAGCAGCAGCCGCAGCGGCCGGGGCUUAUCUGCGCGGUCGCGCGGCGCAGCGGGCUUCAGGCGCUGCUGUGCAGUCAGAUACUGGAGCGGGCGGCCCUGGGCGGCGAGCGCAGGCGUGGCGUCGGCGUCGGCGGCGCGAGCAGCGGCGGCAUGAGCAGCGGCGGCGUGAGCAGCGACGGCGGCGCGGGGCGCGGCAUGAGCUUGAAGCCGCACUCGGCGCUGCUGGCAUGCAUGCUGGACGCGCUGCUGCUGCUGCUCUCGUGCCCAUCCGGCCGCGACUGCCUGCUGUCCGACGCGCCCUCGCCGCCCGCGUUUGCGCGGCUCUGCCUGGCGGCGCUGGACCGCUGCAACGGGCUGGACGACUGCUGCGGCGACGACGACGGCGGCGGCGGCGGCGGCGGGGGCGGGGGCCUCGACGCAGCGCUGCUGGAGCGCCUGCUGCGGGUGCUGCUGGCGCUGCUGCGGCAGGAGCCGCCGCCUGGCCCGCGGCUGGAGGGGGCGCAGGACGGGCUCGUGUCAUACUGCGUGGCCGCAGGGGUGGCCGCCAGCGCGCCGGUGCCGCCCUACGUGCUGCUGUGCCUCCGCCUGCUGCGCGCCAUGACGGCAUGCCCCCAUACCCCCGCCGAGGCCGACCCCGCCGCCGACCCCGCGGCAUCCGCGGCGGCGGCGCCGCGGCCAUUGAUGCCGGGCCGCCUGUGGCCGGGCACGCCGCCGAAGACGGCCGGCCUUGUCAUUGCGCUCCACGAGACGAGCUGCGCCGGCCUGCUCAGCCUGCUGACCGGCGUGCUGCUGCACGCGUCGCCCUCGUGCACCGUCGCCGACGCGUCGGCGCGGCAGCUGCCCGGCAACUUCCCAGAGGCGGCCAGGCUGGUGCUGCAGGUGCUGAACAACGUGUGCCGCCUGGACCUGCUGGCUGCGCAGCAGAUCCUGGCCAGCACGCACAACAGGCUCGAGUUUUACCACCUAGUGGCGUUCCUCCUGGCCUACUGCACAGAGCAGUGGCCGUCGCCCGCGGGCGGGGCUGCGGCGGGCGCGGCGCCGGCCAAGCAAGCGGUGGCGGCUGGCGGCGCCGCGGCGGCGGCGGCAGGGGUGCGGAGGGCGGCGAUGCGGGCGGGGCCGGGCACGGGCACGAGCGCGUGGGCAGCGCGGCCGCGGCCGCGGGCGGCGCCGAAGAUCGCGGCGGCCGCAGCGGCAGCUGAGGUGGCGGCGGCGGUUAAGGCGGCGGCGGAGCUCGAGGCGUCGCUGCUGCCGUGCAGCGGGCGGCGCCACCCCCUGGCCGCCCUGAUGGACGAGGUGCUGCUGCUCGUCGGUUAUUUCUCUGUGGACAACCCGAGCAACCAGGGCAUGCUGCAGUGGGGCGAGGUGAGCUUGGCCCAGCGACUCUGCCAAGCGCCCGCGCCCUACUUCGUGCGACCCGCGCUGGCCGCCGUCGCAGCGCCUUCGCUCGUGGCGGUGUGCUUCAAGGCGGAGCGCGCCUGCGACCUGGUGGAGCGCUUCCUGCCCCCCCAGCUGCUGCUGGACUUUGUCGCGGCGCACGCCGAGCGGCGGCGCGGGGCGGGGGCACUGCAAGGGGUGCAGGAGGGGCGGCAAGCAGUUGAGGAAGGGCCGCAGCAGCGGGAGGAGCAGCAGCAGCAGCAGCAGCAGCAGCAGCAGCAGCAGCAGCAGCAGCAGCAGCAGCAGCAGCAGCAGCAGCAGCAGCAGCAGCAACGCGUUGAUGGGCAGGAUCCAGAGCAAGUUGGGACCAAGGAUCAGGGGCAGCAGCAGAGGGCAACACGCGAGCAGCAGCCUACUGCCAACCAACAGCCGCCAAGGCGCCAGCAGCAGGCGGCUCAUCAGCAGCGGCCAGGCGCUGCUGCGGGCCGCCGCCAGCCGCGGCGCCCCCCUCCACCAGCGGCGCUGCCGCCGGGGCGCGCGGCGGCACAGGCAGCGGUGUGCGCGCGCUUCAGUUUUGCGGAGAGGUUUCCAUGCGCAGCGCUGGAAGAGGCGGUUGCCUUUUUCAAAGCCAGGGUAGAGCGGCAGCAGCAGCAGCAGCAGGCGGCGGCGGCGGCACGGGAGGCUGAGGCAGGGCCCGCCUCGCAGCAGGCUGAGGGUGGAUGCCUCGCGACUGCGCCCAAAAAGCAGUCCGUGGUGACUGUUCGAGCUGUGCUCUCAUCAUAG